CUGUCUUUUCACCUUUUCUAUCGAUGCCAUUGAACAUCCCAGGCAUUCUUACUCCAUUCCACCUACUCAAAAAUUCCCGACUUGUUAUUCCCCAUGUAAUAGUAAAAGAUAUUCGUCAAAUUGAUUUUUUGGCACUUCGAAAUGCGGGCUAUAGAGGAGCAGUCUUUGAUAAAGACAAUUGCUUGACGAUCCCGUAUAAAGACACCCUUGUGCCACAGCUCGAGGACGCCUGGAGAGAAUGUCGUGAGGCAUUCGGAGAAGAAAAUAUAAUCAUCGUCAGCAAUUCCGCUGGCACCAAAUUCGACGCCGGAGGAAUCCAGGCAGAAUCGGUGUCAUUUCACCUCUCUGUCCCGGUUCUCCGACACAACACUCUUAAGCCUGGUUAUUCCUGCAUUGCUUCUAUACGCACCUACUUUUCGUCUCUUCGCGUUCCGAUCCCCGACGACGAACUGGUUGUAGUCGGGGACCGUAUAUUUACGGAUGUGAUUAUGGCAAACAGAAUGCGCUCUGGCUUCGCUUCAUCUGCGAGCGAUGCAUCCGUUCGUGCGAGGAUUGGCGGCCCUCUUGCUAUCUGGACGGAUGGUGUCUGGCAAAAAGAAAGCAUGGUGAUGCGAUGGGCCGAAAAGCGCUUGGUGGACCUGGUUCGAAAGUGGGCGAGACACGGAGAAACGUCUCCCGUGGGUACCAACAUAUUUGUGAGGGAACUCCCUCUUCCGGAACCUCGCAAGACUGGAAGCGCACUUACUAAAAUGUUGAACGUGAUGAAGUGGAGAUAGCAUGGUCGGCGACUUUUCUGCGUAUAACGCCAUCCACAAAUCGGACUUCCUUCCUCUACAGCUCAAGUUUGUCGACCGGCGGUUGGUUACAGUUGCCACUGUACUUAAUGUUUUGGGAUUGAUUGGUUCACGAGUCAUACCUGUGUCAUUUGUAGCUCAUUACAUGAGAUGUUUGGUUGAUUAAUGAACUUUGAACCAUUUAUUGGAAUAGAUCCAGAGAUGGUUAGUCAGAUUCAGAAGGACUCGGCAGUCGGGACUAUAGUGCUGACUAGUGAAAAUCUUCACUUGAAAUAUAUUCCAUAGACUACUAGAUGCCUGCGCCUGAAGCCGCUUUCAUUUUCUGUCGCUCCUUCUUACCCAGCCGUUUUUUCGGCGUCGGAUCCUCGCUCCUGUGGCUCGUUCUAGUAGUCCCUGCCCGUUCCUUCAAUUUCUCCCUGAACUCCGCGAGGCGCUCUCCACGGUUAUGAUCCCACUUCUCUGCGCGGUACGGUGCAUAG